UGAUGUCGUAUGUCAGUCACCAUGGUGGUGGCAUACAACAGAACACGGCGAACGGUGGUGUGCCAUUUCUCACUUUUAGUUGUCUGUAAACGCGAAUAAAAUGAGUUUUCUCAGUGAACACAAGGAGUUUUGACCUUUUCGUGAUGGACGCCAUGUUGUUGCUGUCUGGUUAGCUUGUAGCCGUUAGCUUUCCUUUUGUUUACCGGAUCCUUUAUGGAAUUUCUUCCCGUCGCCAGCAGAAUGCUGAGGAGACAAGGAAUAUCUUCACGUAACGUUGGCUUCAACGGUGGGACUUUAGGUUUGGCAGUUUGAAAAUAACUCAAAGAGACUGUUUGAAACAUUUUUUAAUUAAAAUAAGUUUUAAUAGUCGGUGGCAGCGGGGACCGCUGUUGGCAGCCGGUUUCGGGUUGGGCAGCAGAGAGGGACAGACACCCCGAGGAGACCGCUCGGCUGUCUGGCUCCAGUCGUGGCCUGGCUUGGGGCACUCCCAGCUCCGGACCACAGCCAACAAGAAUAAAGUACAACAAAACGGAGGCCCACAUCUGUGUAUAUACAUCGCCUCUGGAUUCCUAUAAAGUGAUUUUCAAGAAUAAGAAACUGCGCUACACGCCGCCUUCCAAGACAAUGGCGUCUUAUGUGGAUAACCGCUUUCGCCAGGCUGUGAUGAUGAAUCCGUCUGAACGGACGCAACAGGACCUGGAGAUCGUUUACUCGUAUCUCCAUGGGAUGGAGGCUCUGUCCAACCUGCGGGAGCACCAGCUGAGAAUAAUGUGCGAGACGGUGCGAUACGAGAGACACGAGGCCAACGAAGUGCUUUACUACCCUGAUGAUAUGGGAAGCUGCUGGUACAUCCUGUUGUCAGGCUCGGUUUUCAUCAAGGAGUCCAUGUUUCUUCCAAGAAGCAGUUUUGGGAAGCGAUCAGCAGGCAGCCUGCGGCGUGGAUGUGAAUGCAUCGUCCUUGAACCCUCAGAAAUGAUUGUGGUGGACUAUAUGGAUGAAAAUGAGGAGUACUUUCAGCGACAAGCCUCGCACCGACAGUCCCGGCGGCGCUUUAGGAAGAUCAACCAGAAAGGCGAGCGACAGACUAUCAUCGACACGGUGGAUCCGUACCCCACUGGAAAGCCGCCUGUAGCGCGGGGUUACCACACGGAAUGCAAUAAACCGAAGAAGUUGGAGAUUAAAGUUGAACGUUAUGAUCAUCACAAGCGUGAAACAUUUCCUGCUGUAGCUGACUGUUGAACCUGAAGAAGUAAAGACUACCAGGUCGUAACCUUUCAGUUACUAUCUGACUUGAUCCGGAAACCUCAGGUUACUGAUUAACUGCUCCUGCUCUCGGUGUGCUGCUCAUUCUCUUGAAAGCACCGUAGUUCAUGUUCCUCCCAGAUUUAUGCUGCUUCCAGCAGGCGCUCCAGUACAACAGAUGUUUUGCCCUGAUGAACCUACAAGUGUAAUCUUUUAGGCGUGUCUGGCAGCCCGAGUCUCUAUCAAAUUAUUUCCAGAGCACCGUGCAGGUGACAACAGCUUGAAAAAUGAAGUAAUCCCAUGAGCUGCAGCAGCUAUGAAAAUGGAGUCUCUUUAUUAGAUCAUUGUUCCCGCUCUCACAACGCCACUUAGAGUCGUCGUAAUGGGACACAUGUCACUGAUUAAUGUCCUUGCUGCACGUGGCUUUCUGUUGACUUCCAAACAAAUUCACUGAAUAUGUUUAGGAAUGGAUCAAUAAAUCAAAACCUGAGACUCUGAUCUUCUAAUGGAUGCUGCAGGUCUUUCAGAGGAUCAGAGGAGCAAAAUGUUCAUGUUUGAUCAAAGAACUUUUAACCGGCUGUUUAUUGAUGUGAGGUUGGAUUUUCUGGCUCCUUACAGCUUCUUAUAGACAUUGCCUUGCAGAAAGAUUCAAACCACACAAACUUUUAAUGUUUUGCAUACUUAAGUAGUAGGAGGAAAAUGACGCUAUGUAUUCAAAUAAAAACCUGAAAAUGGUGUUGUGCAGAUGUAUUCAUCCCCCGUUUUUUCUGAAACCCCUAAAUAAAAUCAAGUGCAACCAGUUUCAAUAACGGGUCACGUAACUGUGUGAUUUAAUGCAGCCAGUUUGUUUCUGGUUCAAAGAACAACCAGCAUCAUGAAGACCAA